AUGGCUGAGGUCGGCAAGGCCGUUUGCAUGAUUUGUGCUGUUCAACUAUGGGAAUGGAGUCCUAGUUACACCUCGAUAGAACAAGAGUCUGCCGAUUUUAACCCGUACAAGUGGAGAGAAGACCAUGUCUUUCUUUCGGGCCCUACGUGGCCGUGCGACGAAGUCGGUCCCAAAUCACUCAAGAUACCCGACGAGAGUGUCAUUUUACACAAUGGAAGAGCAUAUAAUCGUGGUCAAGUCACCCUCUCAACUGGUCGUGAGGUCAGUUUACAGCUUGAACAUCUUCCUGAGCAACAUCCAGAUCAUGAUGCAGCGAAUGGGCACCGCUGGUAUCUCGGCUUCCACUCUGCCUGUAUUGAUAUGGCAAGGCGAGCAAUGAAUGAACCAAGUGGAAAGGUCAAGUCUAUGGGGGAUCUGUGGAUGACUAUCGAGAGACGCUGUGUCAAGACUGCAGACGACGAAAAUACCUUGCCGCUAUACCUUCCUAACAUUCCCAAUAAUCGAUCAGGAGAGUCCAUCGAGUUGGGGCUGCAGCGAUAUUACAUCCCCAGAGAUGCCAUUUGCACCGAAGAGUCGAUCCUCGAUGACCCUUCUCUUGAAUGGUGGAAUUACGACCCUCUCAGCAUCCCUCGCUUGACUGAGUCUCUCAUGUCAAAUCUCGAGCGAGCUGAUGCUUCUAUAGCUCACGAAAAGUUCACCAACAACUUCAACAAUCUCCCUCGUGAGAUUGAAGACAGCAUUAUUGCUCUCCUUCGUGAUGGGAGUAUGUCUCUCGAGUGCACGAACCUUAUCCCGCAGUCUCAUUGGAAAGACACCUUGCUUCGUAUUCCUUUUCUGUGGGACAUAAAAAAGCACCUUGUCCAAGCAAAAUAUCAAGAAGCUGUAUCUGGAGGUUUUGUGUGGAACUGGGAGAAACUGGUUAGGCUGGUUAUGGCUAAUGCUACUGUCCCUGAGACGAAAGAUCAAGUUGAUCCUGAUGAUGAGGACUGUCAGGAUCAGAUAGAGGAUGCAUGGAACUAUCAGAAGGUCGGGUUGAAUAUCCCCCAAGGUUUGACGAACAGGAGGCGGAUAUGGCAGAUUGUCACUGAUAUGUCUCCGAACGACGUUGGCAUGGAGCAUGUUAUGGAUGCCAUGACUGAAGAAAGCAAAUGA